AUUCACCCCGCUCUCACGAGACCACGAAAGGACCAAUUCACCGGACUCGAGACUUUUUUAUUGCAGGAGCGGGAGGGGCCGAUACUUUCCUGUUCCAUUCACCUAUAAAUCCAGUCUCGAGUUCGUUGUCCUUUCCACAAUAUAGAACUCCUGUCAAGCGCAAGGCAUUUUCAACAAGAGCAACCCACCCUCGGACCAUGUACACUGACUGAUUGUACAAACUCUGUCUGUUCAUCGCAGCAGAAUCUUCUUUACUUCCUCACGUGCUCUAGAAGAGCUUCAAAUACAAACCUCCAAUAUGGCAUCACAAGAGCCUCAGUCUCCCAAACAAUGCGUGGGCCCAGAUUAUCGUCCAGAGAAGCAGAAGCCUACUGCUACUGUUUCGACCGAAGUACCUUACGAGACUGUUCAUGUCCUUCCACAAACACCACAGCUAAUUGCUCUGCUCACCAUGAUCAGAGACAAGAACACCGACAGGGCGGACUUCAUCUUCUACUCGAACCGAAUUAUUCGGCUUCUUGUUGAAGAAGGUCUGAAUCACCUACCGGUCAUCGAGCACACGGUCACUACACCUGUGGGACGAACCUAUGCUGGUGUCAUGUUCCAAGGCAAGAUAUGUGGUGUUUCUAUCAUGAGAGCUGGUGAAGCUAUGGAGCAGGGACUUCGAGAUUGUUGUCGUUCGGUCAGAAUUGGAAAGAUCCUGAUUCAGAGAGAUGAGGAGACUUCUAAGCCUAAGCUAUUCUAUGACAAGCUGCCAGAGGAUAUUGCAGAGAGAUGGGUCCUCUUGCUUGAUCCUAUGUUUGCUACAGGUGGAUCUGCUGCCAUGGCUGUGGAAGUCUUGAUCUCUCGAGGUGUUCCAGAGGAGAGAAUCUUGUUCUUGAAUCUUAUUGCAAGUCCAGAAGGUGUAGGGAAUUUUGCCAAGAAGUUCCCUAAGGUUAGGGUGGUCACAUCGUUCAUUGACCAGGGUCUUGAUGAGAAAAACUAUAUUAUCCCAGGACUAGGUGACUUUGGUGAUAGAUUCUACACUAUGUAGACGAUUAGGGCAUCAUGCAAUUUUGGUGAGAAAAGAAAAGGGCUUGGUCCGGAAUAAAUAGCCUCGAUUGAGACCAGUCUUCUUGACGUCCCUGAUAUAGACACAACUUGGGACAAUGAAAUCACUUGGACCAGAAUAU